CAAAACACCUGACAUGUGAAACUAGAGUAAAGUGAAUAGCCAAUGAUCGACGAUGUUACUGAGCGACAAUCAGCCAACAACCAAUGGUAGGCUUGAAUGUUCCCGAGCUCCUCGGGGGGAGAAAUUUCGGUAUCAAGCGCCAAAGAAUAGUCCCUUUCUGAUGGCGGUUGCCUCAGCAGCAGUGAUGGACAGCAUUGUAAUCCUUGAUGAUGAUGAUGAGGAAGAGGAGAGGCCUCAGCCCUCUUCCUCCACGUCCUCUAAACUCUCAGCCAAUCAUCGUACUCCCCCUAAAAUCCAACAGCCCGCUCCUACUCACAUCACCCAAUCUCCUUUCGCCACGGCGAAGAAAGAAAGCCAUGUUCUUAAAGCAGAGAACCAGAAGCUCUUUACUGAGUUUGUAGAGUACUGCUCGGCCCACACGCAGGACUGCCCCGAGGUCAUGACCUUCUUGCACGCCAAGCACUCCAAGGCCUCACCGGACUUCCUGGCCUCGGUGGAGUUCCGCAACACGCUGGGCCGCUGCCUGACACGCGCCCAGGCCCGCCGCACCAAGACCUUUGUCUACAUCAACGAGCUGUGCACCGUCCUCAAACAGCACUCAGACAAGAGGAGGCAGACUGUCUUGAAGGUGAAGCCUACCGCCGGGGAGAAGAAGGCGAUGGAAGAGGAGGCACCGAAGGAGGAGCUACCGUCUACCUCGGGGCAGCAGGAGGAGGAGGAGGAAGAGAAGGAGAAGAAGAUGAAGAAGGCUUCCCGGAGACAGAUUGCAUACCUGGAGAACCUGCUGAAGAUGUACAAUGAUGAGAUCCGGCGGCUGCAGGAGAAGGAGCUGAGUGUCAAUGAGCUGGAGGAGGAGGACUCCAGCUACAUCCAGGAGCACAAGCUCAAACGCAAGAUGAUGAAGAUCUAUGAUAAGCUCUGUGAGCUGAAGGGCUGCAGCAGUCUGACAGGCAGAGUGAUCGAGCAGAGGAUCCAAUACAAUGGGACACGCUACCCUGAGGUCAACAGAAAGAUUGAGCGUUUCAUCAACAGUCCCGAGGCCCAGCUGAAUCCACCCGACUACACAGACAUCCUGCAGCAUAUCCGUCGGGCCAACGAGCGCCACGGCCUCAACCUCAGCAGGAAGCAGCUGACCCAGAUUGCUCAGGAUGCCUUCCGCGAGACUGGCAACCGCCUGCAGGAGAGACGCCACCUUGACAUGGUCUACAACUUCGGCUCGCAUCUCACAGACCUCUACAAACCAGCCACUGACCCUGCCCUGUUGGACCCCACGUUGGCCCGUAAGCUGCGCUCUAACCGGGAGGUGGCUCUCUCCAGCCUGGAGCAGGUCAUCUCCAAAUACGCCCUGAAGCAGGACGACACGGAGGAGGAGGAGAGGAGUAAACGGAUAGAGAGAGAGAGGCAGAAGAAAGAGGGUCAGUCAUCUGAGCUGGAGGCCACCACAGCCGAUGACAAUCCCCUGAAGAAGGGAGAGGAUGGUGAGGAACAAGCUGAGGAAGAGGAUGAUGAAGAUGACGAGUCGUCCGAUCCAGACAUCGAGGAGGAGAUCCAGGCCAGCAAAUCACAAGCAGGGCCAGAGGAUGAUGAUGAUGAUGAUGAUGAUGAUGAUGAGGAGGAGGAGGACAACAAUGAGGUAGAGGCAGCAAACGAGAGUGAGAACGAGGUGGAUGGUGGGAGUGACGGAGACCAGGAUGGAGGAGAGGAAGAAGAGAAUGCUGAGGAGGACAAAGACUCUGUGAUGAGAGGAACCAGCCCCGUCUCCCGGGGUGACACCCCACGGAUCUCCUCCUUAGUCAACGAAUCCCCCACAGACAGCCCCAGCCAAUCAGAGGCGAUGGAGGUAGACAAGGGGAACGAAUCAUCCAAUACCAACCUGACAAAGGAAAACAUUGUUUCCUCCAAUCACGUUUCAGCAGUAUCUGUAAGCACAAGUGUGGAAACUAAGGACUCCUCAGCCUCCCCCAUGGCGGCAAAUCAGGUCUCUUUGCCGCCGUCACCGGUGCUGAUUUCGACCAAUGAGGACUCCUGCACGGUCAUCAUUGAGACGAGGUCAGCGAAUUGCAGCCCCCGGCCACCCAGUCCCAAAAUCUCCAGAAGCAGGAAGAGAAAGAGGAAAGAAGAGGUGGACUCCAGGAAGACUCACAACGGAGGUCUAAGGCACCACAAUGGGAGGAGCCCCCUGCAGGCGGACUCCACCAGGGCAGACACUCCCACCCAGGAGAUGGUCACCAGUUCCCAGUCCACCCCGCCUCCCAAGAAAAACAAGGUCAACGUGGCCACCCAGUGUGACCCGGACGAAGUGAUCGUCCUAUCGGACUCGGAAUGACCUCUGCCCCCACCCUACCGGGUGUCCAGGCUUCCCAUUGCUAGCCUGGAACCAGGUCUGUUUAUGCUGCACAAACUGAUCUGGGACCAGGCCAUCCCAUCACUGCCUCUUGACUUCCAAACCAGUGCCUGCUAAUGUGAACUCUUGAAAAUGCACACAUUUUCAGACGGGAGAGAGCAAACUUUUCAUUACAGAGUGAAACUGGCGAUGGAUGUGGUAGUUUACCACCAAUGUUUACAUUUUGUAUUUAUAUGCCAAUUUUUGCCCAGCGUCUGGAUUGUGUGAGGAGGGAGCAGCAUCACGUCAGGUUAUUUUUGUAUUUUAGCUGUAAAAAUGAGUUCAAUUAGAUAUUAUUUUACCCGUUUAUUUUUUUGUCAAUUAUUUUGGGUGGGUGAAUGAAUGCGUGUCUGUGUUAGUAUUCUAGAAUGCUGGCAAUAGAAGAUGAACCAGCUGAACACAGGAGUACUGUAUCUUAAGAUUUAUACAGAGCCAAUACAGGAUCUACACAUCAACUUUGUCAGGGCAAUCAUGGAUCAUUUGUUGUAUGGUUGGUGUUGCUGUGUCCACAUAGUGCAACCUAAUGGCCUGAACACCGCUAUUUCGCCCAAGUAAUAUGCAAGCAUAACUAGGUGGCAGACUGGCCAUCAAUUUGUGUUCAAGAUGCCAAACGAACACAAUUGAGCAGAUGCAUUGAUCUAAACGGCCAGGUACAGCUUUGCAUUAACGUGAAAUGUAGUGCAGUGUCCUACUUUAUGCAGGCAUAACUCCCUGAAGAAAUGUUCACAUUGACUUUGCAGAAAUAGGUGUGUUCAGGCUGAUGGGUAUUGUUGUAGGGGAAGUCAAUCUCAGCAUGUAGUAAGCUGGUUGGUGUUUGGGUUGGUUUGCAUCAAAGGAACGUUCAUAACGCCUCUUGCCUGAGACUGCAAACAGUGGUAAUGAUUAAUCAGACUCAUUAUUUUUCAAACCUCCCUAAGAAGCUUUGAUUGGAUUCCGAUGUUUUGACCAAUUCAAUAAGAUUACAGAGGAAGGCCUCUUAAUUGUUAUCUAAUUUUCCUUUUAGUACACUGAGAAGCAAAGAUCACAUUUCCUUUAAAUAAACGUUGAUAAUAAAUUA